AUGGAAGAAAAUUUAAAUGAAAUGGAACAAGCUGGUAUCAUCACAAGGACAUCAACGCCUUACAGUAGUCCAUUGACAUUCACUCUUAAAAAAGACGGCUCAAUUAGAGUUCUGCUUGAUGCCAGAAGCAUAAAUAAGAAAAUGGUUGCAGAAACAGAGAAACCACCUAUACAAUUAGAUGUUUUGAAUUCAUUUCACGGAGCGAAUUAUAUCACUACCAUUGACUUAAAUAAUGCAUAUUUUCAAAUUCCGAUAAAUAAAGAUGGUAGAAAAUAUACUGGAUUCACAUUCAAUGGAAAGUCAUAUGUAUAUAAUGUUUUGCCGCAAGGAUUAAAAACAUCAGUAGGAAGCUUUAGCAGAGCCAUGAAUUUAAUAUUAGGACCAGAAGUCCAAGAAUUUUGUGUGAACUAUUUAGAUGAUCUAGCCAUUAUUACAACAGGAACGUUAGAUAAACAUUUGGAGCACAUUGAUGUUGUUUUAAGUAAAUUGAACAAAGCUGGCUUAACGUGUAACUUGCAGAAAUGUGAAUUUAUUUGUAAAGAAAUUAAAAUGCUGGGUUUUAUAAUUUCAACAGAAGGCAUAAAGACAGAUCCCGAUAAGAUUCGAGCGAUCCAAGAGUUUCCAGCACCUAAAAAGAUUAAACAAUUAAGGGCCUUUUUAGGUCUAUGCAAUUUUUAUAGAAGGUUUAUACCAAAUUACAGCGAGAGCAUAAUACCGCUCUGUGAAUUACUUAAAAAGGGACGAAAGUUCCAAUGGAGCGGUAAAGAACAGAAGGCAUUUGAUUUUAUAAAACAACAAUUUAUUAAUACAAUACAAUUACAUCAUCCAGACUUUAAUAAGCCGUAUUAUUUACAAACAGAUUGUUCCGGUGUGGGUAUGGCCGGAGUACUAUAUCAGAUAGAUGAUAAUAAUGAAAUGAGAAUUUUAGGCUAUCAUAGUAAAGCCUUAAAAGGCCCCGAAUUAAAUUGGUCUGUUACUGAACAAGAGUUUUAUGCUGUAAUAAGCUGCCUAAAGAAAUUUGAAACAUAUUUGCGGGGCAGUAAAGUAAUAAUACUAACUGAUCAUAAAGCAUUAUUGUUUAUUAAUAAUAUGAAGUUAUUCAAUGGUAGAGUAACCCGAUGGAUUUUGUAUAUAGAACAAUUUAAUUAUGAAGUACAGCAUAUAUCGGGUAGACGUAAUAUUGUUGCAGAUGUGCUAUCACGUUAUCCUCCUGAUGGCGAUUUAAUACAAGAGGAUAAAAAUAAUAGUUUAGAAAUUGCUUACACAGAGAGCGAACCGAAUAUUGAGUUGAUAUAA